GUCUGCGCAUCACACACCACCGCCACAUCACUCUACUCCACCUACCUUUCUCGCGCUCCUUGUUCACAUCAUCUCCCUUGCCUUGGCUUUCCCUUCGACGCUUCGAGAGAGAGAGAGAGAGAAGGAAGGAAGAAGAUGGCGGACGAGGGGACCGCCAACUGCAUCGACAUCAUCCUCGCCAUCAUCCUGCCGCCGCUCGGCGUCUUCUUCAAGUUCGCCUGCGGGAUCGAGUUCUGGAUCUGCUUGCUGCUCACCUUCUUCGGCUACCUCCCCGGCAUCAUCUACGCCGUCUGGGUCAUCACCAAGUAGGACUGCAUGCAGGAGGGGCUCCUCUGCCUCUGCCGCUAGGUGAUCCAUGGCGAACUUGUUCUGUGUCUGGUACAAGCCGUUUGUCUGAGAUGCGAGUCGCGGUUCAUGGUGCUGCGGUGCUGCCUACGUGUGUGUUGAUGCUGUUGUACAUCUGUUUCUUGUUCGUGCUUGAUGAUUAGCCUCCUCUCUCGUCAGUUGUCACCUUCCCUUCUCCAGUGUAUCCAUCCAGUUGUGUUGUUCGUCCGGGCAUUUUCGUCGUCCAUGUACUUUGAACUUUGAUUAAUUAAUUAAUCAAUCAAUUGAUUGGUGGAGAAAUUUCCCGUU